AAUUCUAGUGGGUUCUAGUGAGCAGUAGAUGCCAGUGAGUGAGUUUACAUGUCAGGUCGGAGUUACCGUAGGAGAAACAAAGCUGUCCGCUGAUUACAAUGACGUCAUCCUUGGAACACCAGCUGAUCCUGCGUGAACUGAAGUGUCCUGUGUGUAUGGGCUACAUGACGCCUCCCAUCACCCAGUGCUCGACAGGACACAAUGUGUGCUCAUCGUGUCGACCACGGUUAGAUCACUGUCCCACUUGCAGAAACCAGCUUCAGUGGAUUCGAAACUUGUCUCUGGAAAACCUUGCAGCAGCUAUAAACUACCCCUGCGUCAACAAGAUGGUAGGCUGUUCUGAAUCUUUCACCCUACACACCAUCAAAGACCACGAAGGACAGUGUCCUUACCGUAAUCACACAUGUCCUUACCGUAAGAUAUCUAAGGAAGAUUGCUUUUGGGCAGGUCCGCUGCCAGAACUGAAGACUCAUGUACAAGAAAUGCAUAACAGCCCAGGAGACCAUGUCGAGUUGGAUGGUCCGUUCAAGACUGUUCUAAGAAACAUAUCAGAAACAUCAAGUUUCCGACAAACAAUAUUUACUUUAAACGAGAUAUUUUAUAUAAUCUGGGAGGUCAGAGAUGAUAUCUUUUACUGUGUUAGCUUUCAUAUUGGUCCAAAGAAGAAUUCUUCAAAAUUCAAGUACAGGUUUCGUGUAUCAAAGAGAAGAGGAGGUGAAUCUAUUUCAUAUUCUCUCAAAACGUCAAGUUUUAUGGACGAUGUUGAAGAAAUUAUUAAAGGCGGUGACUGUGUUGCGAUUCAUUAUAGAAGUGUAGAGAAAUUCAUUAAGAAUGGUGUAUUACCAUUUGAAAUUUAUAUUUUUCCUAAUGACGUAACAAAUUCGGUGGAAAAACGAAGGGAAAUGUGAGUGGGAGUGACAAUGAUGAUUAUGAUAAUGUAGUAGCAGAUGAAAUAGACAAUAAUUACUGAACACAUCAGAACGUUAGUGAAUGUGAUUAUAAUAUUUGUACAUAAAGAAGGAGAAAUUGCAUUUCCAUGAUUCAAAUUAUCAAAAAAAUAUUAAUUAAGGUUGCUAGGGACCAGAAAGAAGGAUGUAAUUUAUCAAAUAAUAAUGUUGUGGCAAAACCAAAAUGAAAUCUGACAUAGUCGUGGCAAUGCUCUGCAAUAUGUUACAGUAUUUUAAAUUAUUCCUUGAGUAUUUAUUACUUUGUGUUACUACAUAAACGGUGAUGGGUUUAUCAUAAUUUUCUCUUAGAAUAAAAUUAAUUAAGAUGUUUUAUAGCCUUAGAAUUUUACAUAUUUCCAAUUAUGUUCCAUAUUUUUAUAAUUAAAACUUUAUUUUUCAUGAAAGUAAUUUUACUAAAUAUGAAAUGUAUUACAAAUAUCGGAGGAUAUGAUUAAUUUCUAAAAGGUAAAACUGGUUUAUAUAAAAUUUACAAAUUGCAUUACUCCUUAGAUUUGAUAAUUUAACAGAAAAUAAAUAAUACAAGUAAUUAAAGAGAUAUUAAUCAUGUAUCUAUCCUGAGGCCUGUUUGAGUGCUUAAAUAAUAUAAUAUUUAGCUUUAUGAUCAUAAUAUCUGUAAGAGGAAAUUGAAAAGAAAGGAUGUAUGUGUUGUGUAAGAACUGACAAUCCUUUAACAUCAUAUCUCAAUUUCAAUUUUAAUGUAUGAAUAUUGCGUUGUGUACAGUAAUAAGUGGUGACCGUCAGUGUAACAGAUUAAUAGUAUCAGGCUUGCUUCACCCAUUGAA